GUCCUCUGCUCUCAAAUCCUUUACUUUCUUCUCCCUUUUCAUUUGUGAUCUUCGCAAUCUUUCUGGGCAGAUAGCAAUGGCUAUUCGUUUGCCUGGUGUUAUUAAUGCUAAGAACAUUCUCCGUCAGUCAAACACAUUUGCAAAGAAAGCAGCUUCAUCAUUUAUGGAUGUUCCAAAAGGCCAUCUUGCAAUAUACGUUGGAGAGAGCGAAAAGAAGCGGUUCGUAGUUCCAGUAUCACUUCUGAACCAGCCUUCAUUUCAAGAAUUGUUAGGCAAGGCUGAGGAAGAAUUUGGAUUUGAUCAUCCAAUGGGUGGCCUCACAAUUCCCUGCAGUGAAGACCUCUUCAUUGAUCUCACUUCUCGCUUACAUCAAUUCUUGUAAUACCGCCGGCACUAAUUUAAAAGAGCAGUGCCAUUUUUUGUAAAUCCAUGUAUAUUCUCUGUUUCAAUUGAAUCAUUGCAGUUUCUCUCA